AUGCCUACCUACAGUGCCUGUAGCCGUUACUGUCCCGUCAUAGAGGAGACUGACGAUUGUGGAGAGCCAACGAUGGACGACUGGGAAAGCCAACCAUGUAAGGCACGGACGGAAGACUGGAAGGUAUGACUGUGUACUUCGGCCACUUACUCUCCUUGCCUAGCUGUAGUGCCGGUAGCCGUUACUGACCGAUCAUAGAGGGAAGCUGACGAUUGUGGAGAGCCAACCAUGGACGAUAUGAGAAGCUAACCAGCUAACGCGCAGACGGAAGACGGGAAAAAUAUGACUGUACUUCGUCCACUUACUCUCCAUGCUUACCUACAGUGCCUGUGGCUGUUACCCGCCGGUCAAAGAGGGAGCUGUCGUUUGAGGAAAGCCAACUAUGGACGAUUGGAUAAACUAACCAACGAAGGCGCAGACGGAAGACUAGAAGGUAAGACUCCGUACUUCGUCCACUUACUCUCCAUGCCUACCUACAGUACCUGUGGCCGUUACCGGCCGGUCAAAGAGGGAGCUGUCGAUUGAGGAGAGGCAACCAUCGACGAGUGGAGAAACUAACCAACGAAGGCGCAGAGGGAAGACUGGAAGGUCAGACUCUGUACUUCGUCCACUUACUCUCCAUGCCUACCUACAGUGCCUGUGGCCGUUACCGGCCGGUCGAACAGGGAGCUGUCGAUUGAGGAGAGCCAACCACCGGCGAUUGGAGAAGCUAACCAACGAAGGCGCAGACGGAAGACUGGAAGGUAAGACUACGCACAUCGUCCACUUACUCUCCAUGCCUACCAACAGUGCCUGUGGCUGUUAACGGCCGGACGAUUGGAGAAGCUAACCAAGGAACGCGCUGAAGAAAGACUAUAAGGCAUGACUUUGUACUUCGUCCAUUUACUCUCUAUGCCUACCUACAGUGCCUGUGGCCGUCACCGGCCGGUCAAAGAGGGAGCUGUCGUUUGAGGAGAGCCAACCAUCGGCGAUUGGAGAAACUAAACAGCGAACGCGCAUACGGAAGACUGGAAGAUAUGACUCUGUACUUCGUCCACUUACUCUCCAUGCCUACCUACAGUGCCUGUGGCCGUUACCGGCCUGUCAAAGAAGGAGCUGUCGUUUGAGGAGAGCCAACUAUCGACGAUUGGAGAAGCUAACCAACGAAGGCGCGGACGGAAGACUGGAAGGUAAGACUGUGUACUUCGUCCACUUACUCUCCAUGCUUACCGACAGUACCUGUGGCCGCUACCGGCCGGUCAAAGAGGGAGCUGUCGAUUGA